CUUGAGUUCUUCAUUGAAUUUGCCCCUUCAAGCAAAUCACCUCCCUUCUCUCUCUCUCUCUUCUCCUUCACCAAUAAAUCUCUUCUUCCUUUUAAGGAACUCUGGCUCCUUCAAUAUUCUGCAAACACAAGAUAUCCAGACCCAGUGAUGGACAAGGUGAACUCAACGAUUGGCCUAGUACGGACAAAAUCCGAUCAGCUAGUUGAAACAGUGGCGGCAGCCAUGGCAGCGAUGAAAUCCUCGCCGUCGACCGACGGGACAUCCAACGCCGCCAUGGGGCCAACAGCAGAAGGUUCUAGAAAAUCAAGCCGUAGAAUAACUUCACCAGGAGGAACAAGGAACAGUAGCAGCAGACACUACAACAGUCACAUAAGGAAGACAAGAAGCGCUCAGUUAAAACUAGACAUUGAUGAUCUUAGCAAUGGUGCGGCACUCAGUCGAGCCUCAAGUGCUAGCUUGGGUCUCUCUUUCUCCUUCACUGGCUUCAAUCUUCCUCCUGAAGAUAUUGCUGAUUCUAAGCCUUUUAGUGAUGAUGAUGACAUUCCUGAAGAUAUUGAAGCAGGACCGCGAAAGAAGAGGAUCGAAGCAGAACCAACUUGGCCUAUCUGUUUGAAGUUCAAAGAAGUGACAUACAAGGUUAUUCUUAAAGGAGUGACUUCUUCUGAAGAGAAGGAAAUCUUACAUGGGAUCACAGGUUCAGUAGAUCCAGGAGAAGUUCUUGCUCUCAUGGGACCUUCAGGAAGUGGAAAAACGACGCUACUGAACGUGCUUGGAGGAAGGCUAAGUCAGCACAAAACCGGUGGUUCCGUCACUUACAAUGAUGAACCUUACUCAAAGUACCUGAAAAGCAGGAUCGGGUUUGUAACUCAAGAUGAUGUUCUUUAUCCGCAUCUUACUGUACGAGAAACGCUGACAUUCGCUGCAUACCUACGUCUGCCAAAAACGUUAACCAAACAGCAAAAGAAACAACGAGCUUUGGAUGUUAUCGGUGAGCUAGGUUUAGAAAGGUGUCAGGACACUAUGAUAGGUGGUUCGUUUGUUCGUGGAGUUUCGGGAGGAGAAAGAAAGAGAGUUUGUAUCGGGAAUGAGAUCUUAAUCAACCCGUCCCUUCUCUUCCUAGAUGAACCGACAUCAGGCUUGGAUUCCACAACCGCAUUAAGGAUCAUCCAGCUAUUGCAUGAUAUAGCUGAGGAUGGAAAGACAGUCAUAACUACAAUCCACCAACCAUCAAGCAGACUAUUCCACAAGUUCGACAAAUUGAUACUUCUAGGAAAAGGAAGCUUACUUUAUUUUGGAAAGGCGUCACAAGCGAUAGAGUAUUUCUCUUCUAUUGGGUGUAGCCCUUUGAUAUCGAUGAACCCUGCAGAGUUCCUGUUAGACCUUGCUAAUGGGAACUUGAAUGAUGUAACUGUACCCUCUGAAUUAGAAGAUAAAGUCCAUAUCGACAUUCCAGAAACUGACAGAACUAAUGGUAAACCUUUUGCAGCAGUAAUCCAUGAGUAUCUGGUGGAGUCCUACGAAUCACGUGUCGCACAGAAGGAAAAGAAGAAGCUGGUAUCUAAUGAAACAAAUGAUAAAGAUUUCAAGUCACUAAAGUCAUUCGCAAAGCGAGAAUGGGGAGCAAGCUGGUGGCAACAAUAUUCCAUUUUAUUUAGGAGAGGAAUCAAAGAGCGACGACAUGAGUAUUUUAGUUGGCUGCGGGUAACCCAAGUUUUGGCCACUGCCGUUGUGCUCGGAUUGCUCUGGUGGCAUUCUGAUACCAAAACUGAAAAGGGUCUAGAGGAUCAGGCAGGACUCCUAUUCUUUAUUGGGGUCUUUUGGGGUUUCUUUCCAGUCUUCACAGCAAUUUUCGCGUUUCCUCAAGAAAGAGCCAUGCUUCAGAAAGAAAGAGCAGCGGACAUGUAUAGAUUAAGUGCCUAUUUUCUUGCAAGGACGACAAGUGACCUUCCGCUUGACCUUGUCCUUCCAGUUCUCUUUCUGCUGGUAGUCUACUUCAUGGCCGGCCUAAGGCUUGACGCUGUCACAUUUAUUCUAACAGUGCUGACAGUUUUCCUUUGCAUUGUAGCUGCCCAGGGACUUGGACUGGCGAUAGGUGCUUCGUUAAUGGAUAUAAAGAAGGCAACCACUCUUGGCUCUGUAACUGUAAUGACCUUCAUGUUGGCUGGUGGUUACUUCGUAAAGAAAGUUCCGGUAUUCAUAGCCUGGCUCCGUUAUCUCUCCUUCAACUACCACACCUAUCGGCUACUUCUCAAAGUACAUUAUGAGCAUCACAUUCAAACCACAAGUUGGAUGAAAUUUGACAGCGGCUUGGAGGAAGUUAGUGCUCUGAUUGCCAUGGUCUUUGGCUACAGACUACUAGCAUACAUAUUCCUAAGGAGAAUGCGGCUUCAGUAAUCAGUGAUUAGCUAUAUCCCCCAAUACAUACAUCGGAUUACGAGCAAGGCACGAGCUUCCUCUUUUUUACUGGACUUCAGCAGCCAGUUGCCACAGUCAGAGUUAAGGAUAAGCGAAAUGCAACCUACCAGAGGCUUAUCAAACUGCAGCUGUCCAAUGUGUGUGGAGAUAUUGUGCAAAAUAUCUUGAUAUAAGUGUUUUUCUAUUGAUCUAAGCCUUAAUUUUUCAGCUUUAUUCCAAGAAUUAUUGUUAGUGUAUUUUAAACAGUGUAAAGAGCUUCAAGUGAAGGAAAACAGAGAGCUAAUUCAGUGAAAACAAGCCAAAAUUCAAGUACUGUAGUAAAUUG